AUGGGCAACGCAGUGGGGGUCGUGCUGCCGCCAGAGCGCAUUGAGACGCUCCGACGCGCGACACACGCCGCCUUCGAGCACGGGCGCGUUGCCGCCGUCGUGGCGCACGUCGGCCUCGUUCGGGUGAUUCGCGUCGCCGAACGAUGGUACGCUGUGGUCGACCAGCGCGUGAUUUCUCGCGUCCACCGAGUCGUCGAGCAGCAAGUCAUACACCGGAUCAACCUUCUAGCGGAUCACAUCGAGGUGCUGUCCAAGCUGUGGUUCGUUAAGAGUAUCUCCACCACAUCCAUCGCUGAGGCCUUCGACAUCGACACGAAAGACGUUCGAAAUGUACAAGUGAGCAAGCGCGACUACGAAGUGUACAACUGCGGCCCGGAGCUUCUGGACGUGCCAUCCUGGAACAAGGUCGCCCACGUGCUCGAACUACAGAACCCGGAGGUGACGGACUUCCUGCUCAACAAGUGCCGCUGGACUGUGUGGCAGCCGCCUACUUCCUGGCGCGUGAAGGUGGACCAGAUAUUCAACGUGACGGUGCACAUUGCGGUGCGCCAGCAAGGCUUCCUCACGGGCGAGAUUCGCGUCGUGCGUCUGCGUCUCGGGCGCAAGUGGGUCGGCGCGCACCAUCUAAGCGAGGACAUGGCUCACCCGAUGAAGAGCCAGUGGCUGCACCGGGUGGACUAUGAAGUCGGCGACCAGGUCCACACCGCCGAGAGUGAGUUCUUCCAGACUGUGAAGGCCGCGUGGGAAGACUACCUCGCAGAAUUGGCCAAGCUCCCCAAGGAGGAGAAGGAAGACGAUAACACUGGAGAGCCCUUCCCGUACGACGAGCAGGAGAAGCGCACAUCGCUCCGGAUCAAAUAUCUGCUGGAUACAUCACUCGAAAACAUUCUCAACGACCGCCGCACCAUGUUCCGAAUGCCUCAUCAGUACGAGUUGUGGCGCAUGGAGCAGGAAGAUGCUCCUGAACAUCGUCAGGACUGUCUCGAGGACCGCAUGGUCGGGCCCCUUUUGCACGGUCCGAUCGACGAACUGAUCGAGUUGUACGAAGAGAAGGGGGCAUGGCUGCCGAGGCCGACGAUGUGCAGUGGUCAUAGCGAAUAA